UAUAUAUCACCAAAUUAUAUAUAUCACCAUCCAAUUCACAAAUCCCCCCCCUCCUCCUCCUCCUCCUCCUCCUCCCCCUCACCCAACACAUGCAAAAUCAACUUCCUAUACCCCUCCACCGCCUCCUCCAGGUCCCUCACCCUCAACCCUUCAUCAUCCCCAUGCGCAACAAGGAUACUCCCCGGCCCAUAGAGAUAACUCGUUCGCCAAAGAUGGCAGAGGCAAAGCGGUACUGCUUUUCGUCGCUGCUGCUGCCAAAGAGAGAAACCUUGCUGCUGCUGCGGGAGCGGCGGGAGAACUCCUUCAUGCCGAGGCCGGAAGUUUCUUCGCCAACUACGAAGAGGAGCAUCACGUCGGAUGGGGAGAUGGAUUCCGAGGAGAUGAGGGUGGAUAAAGCGAUGAGCUGCGCUGCAAGAGAGGCUUUCGCAUCGACGGAACCGCGGCCGGAGAUGAGGGUGUCUGGGGUGAUUGGCCCUGACGGUGUGGUUUUGUAG